AUGAGAGAGCAGCACGUGGAUCUUCCUUGUCGUCAGGCAGAACUCUUCAGUAAGGUGGGCUCAGCGAGGGCUCUGUGCCUCUGCUCUUGUGAGAAAUAGCCAGGAGCCUUGAGAGGCAGAAGACUCACUGAGCAAUCAAUCAGCAGCCGCUGCCCCGGUUCUCAGGAGGCCACGUGGACUCUCUUACUCGGCUGCAGGUACAGGGACAGUGAGACUUGACCCUGACUGAGCCAUGCCUGCCAACCUCACAGAGGGCAGCUUUCAAGCCAACCAGACUGUGUCGAUGCUGGAUUCUUCCCCAGUAGCUUGCACUGAAAUUGUGACUUUCACUGAAGUGUUGGAGGCAGAGGAGUGGGGCUCCUUCUAUUCCUCCUUUAAGACAGAACAGCUGAUAACCCUGUGGGUCCUGUUUGUCUUCACCAUUGUUGGAAACUCUGUUGUGCUGUUCUCUACGUGGAGAAGGAAAAGAAAGUCCAGAAUGACCUUCUUUGUGACUCAGUUGGCCAUCACAGAUUCCUUCACAGGCCUGAUCAACAUCCUGACAGACAUCAUUUGGCGAUUCACCGGAGACUUCAUGGCCCCCGACCUAGUCUGCCGAGUAGUCCGCUACUUGCAGGUUGUGCUGCUCUAUGCCUCUACUUAUGUGCUGGUAUCCCUCAGCAUAGACAGAUACCAUGCCAUCGUUUACCCCAUGAAGUUUCUUCAAGGAGAGAAGCAAGCCAAAGUGCUCAUUGGGAUAGCCUGGAGCCUCUCGUUCCUGUUCUCCAUCCCCACACUGAUCAUAUUUGGGAAAAGGACGCUCUCCAAUGGUGAGGUGCAAUGCUGGGCACUGUGGCCAGAUGACUCCUAUUGGACUCCGUACAUGACCAUCGUGGCCUUUCUGGUGUACUUCAUCCCCCUGGCAAUUAUCAGCGUCAUCUAUGGCCUUGUGGUCCGAACUAUUUGGAUUAAAAGCAAAGCCCACGAGACGGUGAUUUCCAACUGCUUGGAUGGCAAACUCUGCAGCAGCUACAACCGAGGGCUCGUCUCAAAGGCAAAAAUCAAGGCCAUCAAGUAUAGCAUCGUCGUAAUCCUUGCUUUCAUCUGCUGCUGGAGCCCAUACUUCCUCUUUGACAUGUUGGACAAUUUCAACCUUCUUCCAGACACCAAGGAGCGUUUCUAUGCCUCUGUGAUCAUCCAGAACCUGCCAGCCUUGAACAGUGCCAUCAACCCCCUCAUCUACUGUUUUUUCAGCAGCUCUAUCUGCUUCCCCUGCAAGGAGCAAAGAUCACAGGAUUCCAGAAUGACUUACCGAGAGAGAAGCGAGAGGCAUGAGAUGCAGAUGCUCGCCAAGCCAGAAUUUAUCUAAACACUGAAGCAAAUGGUGCUAGGCUGAGCUCAGUCAGUUCUCCAGGACCUUCAUCGUGAUUUAGUGUAUGUGCAUGAAUCUUGAGCCAUUUCCUUCUUCCCACUGCUACAUCGACUAGCAGAUGCAUGAGGCAAACUUUCUCGUGAGGUCAUGCCACCUGAAAUGUGAGCACUAGCCAACAGAACUCUUCACCUCUUCAUAUCAGCUGGGAAACAUGUUUCUCUCUUCCUGGUUUCUCCCAGCCCUGCAUCCCAGAGCUUGGUACCUGCACCAGAGGUGGCCCUGUGUCCUUGUGAACUGAUGACACAGACGAGCGAAAAUAUUAGGAGGACUAUCCCUGAGUCAUCAGGGAUACAAUUUUGAAAGUAAAUACAAGACUCAACAGAGAUUAGACUGCAUUCUACCAGUUUUGUUUGGAAGUUGUUGUGCAUGAUGAGAUGUUUGCCCCUGAAGUGCCAAACAAUUCACUUUCAGACCCUGGUACUGUACACAUCUCCUGUGUGCCAUGGGAGGUGUUGACAGGAGCAAGUUCCUAAGCAUUGGGAUUUCUGCUAAACAAGGACACCAUGCAAGCACAUUCUCACUUAGCAGAACAAUCACACCAAGAGUGAUAGACCCUUGACCAUGAAUUCCAGAGAGAGAGAGAGCUGAGACCUGGAACUCACAGCUCUUUGAGGCUGUGUCAAAGCUCGUUUUCUUCCUGUAUUCAACAUUCAAGCCACUCUGAGCUCCAUUCCAUACACCUCAGGGACAUUUCUGCCCAUUUUCACUCUCAGAAUUGUCUUCAACUGGGAGCUUAGCUUUGUGGCUUUCCCAACAUGAUGUUCUUGUAAGCUCUUGGCCGUCUGUGUGCUGUAGCCUUUGUCAAUCUGGCUCCUCUGCAAGGAAGUGCUGGUGGGCCUUAUUUUGACAGGUCUGCGAUUCAGCAUUUAUAAGUAUAAUUCAAGUGAAAUAUGACUAAAUGUUUUCUAGUCCGUUUUUUUCUUCAGAUUUUGCCUGAAGUGGAAAUGGCAUCAUUUGGCUGUGUGUAUAUCUCCACCCACGGUCCUGUGACGUGCGUGAGCACCCUAUUUUUAGCUUCUCAUACAGUCUUUGACAUUGAAAUCUCCUUGGCAAAAACCCUCCCUUCCAGAGUUUAAACCUUUUCUUGUCCUUUUGGCUGACUGCUAGUGGAGUCAUCAACAUGCUCAGUCUAUUUUAAAAGCACCCCAAUUCCUCAUUAUCAUAUCAGCUCAAAGACUGCCUGCUUAAGGUCAUGGUGGCAAUUUUUCCACAAACUUCUUUCUCAAUUCCAUCUGACAUUAGGGAAAGCAUCUCUUUAGGCAGAAAUCAGGCACUUUACCAACUGUCUCUCAAAAAUGUAUUCCCUAAGUUUGAAGAAAUAGAACGAGCUACCUUUUUGUCUGCAUAACAUUUUUGAAAGCUACUUUCCUCUUCAUCCAAUCAGCUAAGCGUGAGCAAGCAGAAGCUUUGAGUGGCUGAGAGGCACUUUUCAACAUUUUCCUUUAAAUCAAGAUGAGCCACAGAAGACUCACAGAACUGCUGCUGAAAUAGCUGCCUGCACAGGAGCCAAUUAACAAGCAGAAUCCAGCGGGUGUCCCGGCUAACAAAACAGGAGGCCCAGACUCUUGAUAGAUGCUUUCAAUCUCUGUCAAGUUCUGGUCUGCAGGACCUGUCACAUGCCCACACCAUCUAUCAAUCGAUUCGGAAAGUUAAAGAGAGAGUGCAGUGAGGGCUAUUGUGCUGUCUGCGGACUGUGAAGGCAGCUGUUGUGAGGCUGCUGGGUCUCUCAUCCCCAGAGGAGCCUGGAGAUCAAUAAGACAACGGGGAACAUUGCUGUGGGAAGCUGCCAUUUAUGCAGAACUUUCUUUACAUUGAUACGGAGUCGGAAAUCAUCACCGGCGCUAUUUUCCAAACUUGGGAAACACAGUUUAAGCAUGGUAGUCAUUAGUCUUAUGACCAUGGGUGAAUCAUCAAGCCUCUGGACAUCCCUCGCCUAUCUGUAACACAUGGCCGAAAUAACCCUGGAGCAGAGGAUGCCGAGAUUUAGAGACUGUACUGGAUUAAAUUAGACCUGCAGAGAGUACUGCCGCUGGCAUCCCUCUCUUUGAAAACUAACACUUCAGUGACUCAAGGUUGAGUCAUCUGCGUUUUGGAGGUAGAGCCACCGCAUGAACUCAGAAUCUAGUUUAACAUCCCAACCAGGAAAGAUUGUGAUAGAAAAUUAGAAUGUAAACCCAAGGUUGCUAUCGGUACCCCUUGAUGCUCCCAUGGGACCAGAAAAGGCAGAGUGGUAGUGUAUAAAAUAAAGGUGCCUACUUACCACACCAUGGUGUCAAGAAAUGUGUGGGUACAUUAUUAUACAGCCUCAGUGACAGGUCAAACAUCAGGCUAUUAGAGCACAUGUGUUUAAUAUAUCCAGUCACUGCACAAAAUAUCUCCGCUUUAUUGAAUAAAUUCAGUAUAGAAUGGUGGAAGAGUCUCUUCUUCCAGGCCAUAUUUGCAACACAAUUUAAUUGAGCUUUAAUUUCAUCAAGCAACAGCUUCCACUGCCGCCCCACCCCUACGGCAAAACACUAAUACCUUUUUAAUGACUUUCCACUGCGGUAAUCAUGAGAACAAAGUACCUUUAAACUGGUCCAAUAUACAUCUUAAGCUUUCUUCCCACUUUCAUUCAGACAUCUCUGCAGAAAUGAACUUGUCUCUUCCUUCAACAUUCAUAGUAUGGGGUUUUAAAAGGGUUGCAGGCCUCCAUUUGAUGAGGAAACAGGAAACAAAGAUUUUUUUUUUUUUUUAAUCAGGAAAUGAAGCAUUUUAGUCUUGGGUGUUAGUUGAUAUUUUAGGCAAGACACCGACCUGCUGCUAGUAACAGCCUAAUAGUAGUUUUGUGUAUUGUUAUUGUUUAGUUUUUUUUUUUGUUUGUUUUGUUUUGUUUUGUUUUUUGGUCAUCAUUUGAGUAUAGCUAAUUAUGUAUUCAGCUCUAUUCCCUACAGCCUGGCAACUUCCAUUCCUGUAAAAAGAGAUGGCCCUUACCAAGCUGCCAACCUUCUUUCUUGGAGAAAUAUGAAACAGCUAUGCCUUGUUUAAGAAUUCAUUAUCCACAACAAGGCUGGGCCAGUUAACAUUUUAAGCAUGCAAUUCCAUCCUUACAGAAUGUUUAAAUGAGUGGGAGUCUGCUCAGAGACUCCCAGAAAAGGUCCCAGGGGGUACCUCAGAGUUUCCAACACAACUGUAUAUGAAUCUAAAAGUGAUUAAAUGUAAUGGGAGUAUUUUAGGUUCCUUGAAUUACUUUAAAUGAACACAGAAUGUAGAUUAGGUUUAGACACUGAUUUAUCAAGAAUGCAUGUAAAACUUUCAGGGUAAUUGUUAAAAGAACAGAAAUAAUACAUAACUUCCAGCCUGAAAGAGGAUAAUGGUGGAUGUAGUGGCAGACACCUGCAAACCCACCACUUGGGAGACAGGCAGUGAGGAACAGGAUUCAAGGCCAUCCUUAUCUACAUAGAUCUGGAAGCCAGCCCUGUCUGAAAGGGAGACAGAAGAGGGAGAAAGAGCAGGAGAGAGUGCACCAAGAGAGAAAAUCCCUACAUUUUCCCCCGCUUCCUACCCCACCACCUUAGCCUUGGAUAACCACAAUAUUCUUUUACAAGUGAGAUCACAAGACAUUUGUUUUUCUGUGUCUGGCUUAUUUCACUUAGUUCAGUAUUUUUAAGAUUCUCUGUGCUGCUGCUAAUAACAGGCUUUCAUCCUCUUUACUUUAAGGUACAGGAAACCAACAUUUCUUUAUCAAACUAUACAUCAAUGAACACAUAAUUUGGUUCCACAUCUUGACUAUAAUGAAUACAGUAAUGUUAUGUCAUUUAAAUGAUCAUUCAUUUUUUUCUGUAAAUAUGAAAGAACAUGAGAGAAGAGGAUUAUAGAACUGCUGGGAUAGAUAGAAAGGACAUGAUAGAUGGAUUUUUACCAAAAUUUAACAAUUACAUUAAAUGAAAAUAAAUGUCACAAUCAGUAAUGAAAAAAUUGUCAUAAGAGAGGGUUUUUAAAAUGUAGUUAUUGAUACUUUGUAAAUAAUAAUAAUGCCUAAAGCAGAAAAAUUUAACAAACUUGAAAAGAAAAGCAUGAGUCCUAUGGAAACAUUAACUCAAAGAAAGCUUCUGUACUCAAUUCAUAUAGACUAAGCGAACAUCAAGGCUAACAAUAGGAAGAGCUUAGUUUAAUUAGAUGGAAAAAUAAUUCUAAAUUUCUCUGCAUUUAAAAAUAGCCUCAGCUGAUAUUCCAACCAAGGACCAUUCAUGGAGGUUACCGAGAACCCCUGCACAGACAUAGCCCAUGACAGUUCAGUGUCCAAGUGGGUUCCAUAGUAAUUGCAACAGGGACUGUCUCUGACAUGAACUGAUUGGCCUGCCCUUUGACCACCACACCUUGAGGGGGGAGCAGCCCUACCAGGCCACAGAGGAAGAUAAUGCAGCCACUCCUGAUAAGACCUAAUAGACUAGGAUCAGAAGGAAGCAGAGGAGGACCUCCCGUAUCAGUGGGCUUG